CGAACACACAACCACGUGUUCGCUAAACAAUGAAAGUAUAAAGUUCUGCUCCUGCAAAAUAAACAUUACUUUGUUCAUUUAUUGCGUUUAUUACUAAAAAUCAAAUUCUAAAAAGAAAAACAGUUGAUUGACAAAUAAAGGAAGAAAAUUUGCGAGAAAAAAAAUUCUAUAUUUCUAUUUAGCUUUUAACAGAUCUGAAAUUUGGAAAAAUUUCCACCUUCUCGUUUUUUCUUUUUGAAAAAGAAUGAAAUAUGGAAUCUGCAAAUAAAUUUCCCUCUUCCGAAGAAAAAUGUGACGAUCAAUCUUUGAAUUUAGCGUUAAAUAAUAAAAUUGCAGAUUCUUCGUGUAAAAUUGAUGAUUCCUCUGAGGAAUGUAAAAAAUUUGAUGAUUCUUCUGAAAAUAACGAAGAAAUUAACAAUUCUUUCAACAGUGACAAUAAAAUGAAUGAAAUGAAUAAUUCUUGUAAAUAUUGUCAAAAUAAGGAUUCAAAAAUCGACAAUAAACUUGAUGAUUCUUUAAAUAAAAAUACUCGUGAAAUUGAUGAUUUUUCUAAAAACGAUAAGAAUAAAGUUAUUCAAAAUUCAUCCAAGGAUGAAAAUUCUAAAAAUGACAACAACGUUCAGAUUUCUGUUCAGAAUGAUCAAAAUAAUGAUGAUAACGCUAAAAAUCAGAAUAAAGUGAUAAAUUCUAAUAAUGAUGGCAAUAUUAAAAAUAUCGAUAAUGAGGCGAAGGAUUCUCCUCAAGUUUGUGAAAAAUUAGUCGAUUUUUCUAAAGAUUGUCAAGAGAUAAGUGAGAAUAUUCUUCAAAACGAUAAAAUUGAGAAUUCUUCUAAAAACGACACUGACUCUUCUGAAGUUCAAAAUAAUGAAGAAUGUUCUUCAGAAAAAUCGGAAAAAUCUGAAAAAAUUUCUGAUGAUAAUAAUAAAUCUGUUGAUGCUUCUAAAAAUUGCCAAGAAGGAGAAAAUUCCCCCGAAGAAACCGAAUGUGUUGAUGCUUCUAAAAAUUACGAAGACGGAGAAAUUUCUCCUGAAGAAGCUGAAUGUGUUGAUGCUUCUAAAAAUUACGAAGAAGGAGAAAUUUCUCCUGAAGAAGCUGAAUGUGUUGAUGCUUCUAAAAAUUACGAAGAAGGAGAAAUUUCUCCUCAAGAAGCUGAAUGUGUUGAUACUUCUAAAAAUUGCCAAGAAGGAGAAAAUUCUUCUAAAGAAGCUAAUAAUUGCGAUAAUUCUCCUAAAGAAGAUAAUAACAACAAUUCUUCUAAAAAUUCUUCUAUAGAAAAUAACAAAAUUCAAGAUUCAUCCGAAAAAAAUCCAAACAUUGAAGAUUCUCCCAAAAAUGAUAAUGAUGACGAUUGUAUUAUAAUAAUACCCGAAAUUAUUCCCAAGAAUAUUGAAGUCAUUACCAUAACUGAUGAAACUUUAUUUUCCAACGAUUCAUCGAAAACUAAAAAUCAAGCUAAUAGCAAUAAAAAAAUUAAAUCAAAAUUUCGUUCUGAAAUUUCAAAACAAAAAAGAAAGGAACGACGAAGGCAGAAAAGAGUUGUGGAAAAUUUAAAAAAUAUUCAAAUUUCCCACGAACCUCAACAUCAAAGAAGUGGAUCCAUUUUACAAUUGAAUCAAAGAAUUAAUCAUCCGAACCAAGGAACUAAUCAUCAAAACCCAGGAAUUAAUCAUCAAAACCCAGGAAUUAAUCAUCCGAACCAAGGAAUUAAUCAUCAAAACCAAGGAAAUUCUUUUAAUCAAUUAACUUGGGCAAAUUUAUUAUUCAAUGAAAUGAAUAAUAAUCAAGCACUAUUUCUCAAUCAAACUCAAAAUCAACAAAAUUGUUCCAAUCAAGGAAAGAAUGGAAACACGAAAUUGACGAGAAAGGAGAAAAAAAAAUUCCCCUCCGAACCAACUGAUAAUAAUUAUAGAAAUUUUGUUGAAAAGGUAUCAAAAAUUUCAGUCACUAAUGAGGAUCGAAUUUCAUCAGCAUCAUCUUCCGGAAAUCAAUUUAAACGUAAAGAACAAAGUGAUUUGUCAAAUCCAGCAAAAAAAUCAAGAAUUGAAUUCGGAAAAAUAAUUCAAGAAAAAAAUAAUUCUGAAAUUUGUCCAAGGAUGAAUUUCACGAAUCAAUAUCCGGAAUUUUCAACCGUAAACAACGUAACUGCUAAUCAUCAGGAGAAAAAAUUUCCAUUCGACAGAAGACGAUUGGGAACAAGAGAAAAUGAAUUUUUCGAUUCAAAUUUACAGGAAAAUGUAAAUAUGGUCGAUUAUUCGAAUGAUUCGUUUCGUGAAAAUCUAUCAAAUUCACUUCAACAUAAUGAAUUUUCGGACUAUUCGCAAGAAUGUAAUUAUUCACUAUCAUUAUCAUUAUCAUCAGCAUCACCAAAUUCAUUUUACAAUCAUUAUCAACCAACAACUUCCGAAAAUGUUGAUUGUUACAUUCAACCGGUGACAUUUUCCAACGAUUGGCAAUCAUUCAUCCAGCAACAGGAGCGCGAACAAAUGUUGAAAACAAAUAAAAAUAGUUUUCUAUCAUUAAAAAAAUCACGACUCUCCGACGAAGAUCUAUUCUCCCAGGACAGUCAACUAAUAAAAGUUAUUGUCCAACAGAAUUUCCGUAAGAACGGAAUAUCGAGAUUUCAAAAAAAUAAAAUUUCCCACGAGAUUUUAAUGGAAAUUAAAAAUAUUAAUUGUCCACCAUAUCCACGUUUUCGGAAUUAUUACAUAAGACACGGUGGAAUUAUUGUUGAGUGUGAUGAUGAAUUUUCACGCGACUGGCUAAUUGAUAUUGUGCCAAAUUUAAAACCGUGGAAAAAUGCAAAUUUAUCGGUGAUUAAUUUAGAGUGUCUUGAGAGAUAUUAUCGUGCGAUUAUUUGGAUACCGGGACGAAUGGAGAGGCCUGAAGUUAUUUUAGAUAAAUUGGAGAAAUUAAAUUCAUCGUUGAACACGAGAAAAUGGAGAAUUCAUUCUCAGGAGGAGACAACAACACCAGAGGGUUUCCAUUUAUUUUUGGGUGUACCGAACAGUUCGAUAAAUUCUAUCAAGGAAAUGUAUAUACAACCGUUUGUCGGAAUGUUCAAGGGAUUUUUCACCAUUUCACGUAAGGAGGAUCAUUAUUAAAAUUUUGGGUAAGAAUUUUAAAAAAUGUUUCAAAAAUGUUUCAAAAAAAAUUUCACAAGUUAUAAAAUUUAAUUAAACACAAAAAAGUGUAAAAAUUUUUUGAUCUAAUUCAAGGGAUUUUUCACCACUUCACGUAAUUACUAAAAUUUUGGGUAGGAAUUAAAAAAAAAUGUUUUAAAAGAACUUCCCAAUAUAUAAAAUUUAAUUAAACACAAAAAAGUGUAAAAAAUUUUUGAUCCAAUUCAAGGGAUUUUUCACCAUUUCACGUAGGUAAUCAUUAAUAAAAUUUUGGGUAAGAAUUAAAAAAAAUGUCUUAAAAAAACUUCCCAAAUUAUAAAAUUUAAUUAAACACAAAAAAGAGUAAAAAAUUUUUGAUUCAAUUCUGUUUUUGGCAAAAAACUUGUAAUCUAUGCAAGAAAUAUAAUUUUUGUUUGUUUUCAUUUUUGCAACGCUUAGAGAAUUUGUCUAGCGAGAUUAUUCAUUUACUGAAAUAAAAUAUUCGAUUUAGAAAUUAGAUUUAAUAUCUUUAAAAAAAAUUCCGAUUGGAAUAAAUUUCGUCAAAAA